UUAUAAGAAGCCUCAGAGGAGGCAUGCGAUCAGUUGUUGAAACCCUUAGCCUGAGGAUACGAGCUGAGCCACCAAACUCUCCACAGAAGGAGGACGAAGAGAGAGUAUCUUUACGUCACAGAUACAGGCUGGACCCAGAUCCCUUUAUCUCCCAACAUUCUCCAGCUGUUUGACCCUGCUGGGCUCCUGUUUGUCCCUGCCUGUGUGGCUGAGCUGAGCGAUGAAGAUCCCUCUGUGGUACCUGGUGGUGCUGCUGGCGUGUCUCUUCACCCCUGGACGCAGCGACUGCCAGGGGGAAUGUGUGGCCUGCGGCGGCCUGCUCCUGCAGCAGCAGCAGCUGCAGCAAGCUUUCAACACCAUGGUGUGUUUGUUGGAGUGUGAGGGUCACGUCUCCUCUUCACUCACAUGGGAGGUGUGUAAACGUGCCGUCAAGCUGUCGCACCAUCCCACGCUCUCUGAGGGAGGCGCUCUGUUCAAGAGAACGGGAGGGGAGCUGGAGCUGACCUCUCUCGACCUGAACUCUGACAGCGAACUACUGCAGUCUGCAGCCGCAGAGCGCUUCCAGGAGGGGGAGCAGGAUGAGACGCCCUUCGAGCAGCGCAGCGUCCAGUAUGACUCAUCGCUGCUGGAAUCCUCCGAGGAAGGGGAGGGCCUGCGGGGUCUGGAUCUCAGUCUGGCAGACGAGGAGAGGAAGCCGAGGGAGGAGAGGAACGUGGGGAGCGACAGCCAGCUGGAAGGGGACGAGGACGGCGGCUCGGAGGCCGUCGCCUUGUUCAAACGCUUUGGCGGCUUUCAGAGGGGGCGCCACGGAUACAGGAAGCUGAUUGGCUCACCCAUGAGGCCCUUACAAAAGCGCUACGGCGGGUUCAUAGGCGUCCGGAAAUCUGCCCGCAAAUGGAACAGUCAGAAGCGGGUGAACCAGCUGCUCAGGCAGUACCUGGGCAUGAGGAGCAGCCGCAGCGGCAGGUUCAACAACGUCCCCGUAACUCGGGUUUGGAGGCAAAACAAACUGUAACGUCUUUCCGUCGCUCUCGUUACCCCAGUUACCUCAGCCAAUCACAUUUUCAGCAGCUCACUCUGAUUUGAAGUAUGACGUCGCUCAUUGUCAUCAGAAGAACAGACUCCGCCAUCUCGCUGCACCUCUCUUUGUGUCUCCUAGUAACGAGGAAUGUUUUGACCGUGAUGUCCUUCUUAUUAAGCAUAUUUUCAUGCCAUUCUGUGAAAUAAAAGAAUUAGAGAAGUGCAAUUGAA